GAGUUUCAAUUCUCAAAUCACCCUUGUUACUGCUCCACUAUGACUACUGAGGUUGCUGUUAUCAGACUUAGGUCACCAAUCGAAUUAGACCAUCCAUUCUUUGACGAUAACGGAGAAUUCAGGGCCAUUUUACGCAAAUUCAGCGCCAAAGCUGAGUUUAAUCGGGGAUUUUGGGGCAUCGAAGACGAAGAUAAGACGUUGUUGAGAGUGUUUUCGAAUUGGAGCUCAGCUAAUGAACUUGAAGACAAUGAUUCAAUGAGCAAGGACUUCAAGAACGUAAAAGACAUCAAGUUUUUUGACAUCUAUCAUGUCGAUUUCCUGCCGUCUCUCCCCACAAAGCCCCUGGAUCCAGAGAUUUCUGGAAAUACGAUGGUUGAAACCAUCUACUUCGGCAAGGACUUCCCGCAUGCGGAUGGCUGGGUUAGCAAUUUCAACCAAAAAGUCCACAACAUUCUGAGUCUUCGGGGACAUCACUUCAAAGCAGCGAGUGGGGGGUGGGCACGUCAGAGGGCUGUGGCACCCGGAAUCAUGGACGAAUGCUCAGUUUGGUUUGCAAUUGUUGGAUGGCCCUCAAUGCAAGCUCAUUUGGAGUGGAGAGAUUCGCCAGAGCAUCACGAGAAUAAGAAGCUGUUGGAGCAGUAUAAAGAUUGGUGGAAGGGCAUUGUCAGGGUUCAUUCAAGCAUGCACGAGAUUUACAAAUGCUAAUUGGCAAAAAAAAUCCUGUAUCAAAACAGUAUAGAAUAGUUUUGCAUAGGUGCUACA